AGUCACGUGCCAUCACCAAACGCAGCGCAUUCACCUAGGUCACAGUAAAAUUAGGUUGACGGUUUAUUUAUUUACUAUGCGUUGAUUAAUUUGAAGCCCCAUAUGCAUUUAGAAUUUCUCUCCAAUCGCGUGUAUCCUAAUUCGGGAGGUUAUACAAACUUUCAGUGUAGCAGGUUGCAUUAAAAAAGCAACCAGUGAUUGGACGAAGUCAAUUCUCGGUCUGUCUUUAUCGACCAAUUCAUUCAUUUUUUUUUGUUACACAGAUGUUAUAGACUUCGCUGAUAUGGAUGUUCGUUUGGAAAACCACUUAGAUUAUUUUAUCCACGACAAUACUGCUGCUGCGUGGUUGAGUCCAGAAAUGCUGUCAGUUGCACGGGAAGCCUUCGGUGCUGGGGACUUCAACCUCCUUGCUGAGAUCUACAGCUCCCAGUUGGCGGACCUCCGACACCCGGACCGGAGCCUCUGCCUCCUGAAAGCGGACGCGCUCAGCCGGGCAGGGCGGGUAGCGGACGCUCUGGAAUCAUACUGGACCGCCGCCAACUUGGACAGGUUACGACCAAAUGAACUAGGGUCUUUCGUUGACUGUAUUGCGCACACUUUACGCGUAAAAGAAUGCCUAAAAGAAUGCACAGACUCAGAUGGGGUUUCCGAGGAUGAGCAUUCGUUGGACCUGUUCUCAUGUCGGCUUUGCAAGUGCUUGUUAAUCGAGCCAACAACUUUGGAAUGCGGCCAUACAUUCUGCAAACCAUGCAUUGAGGAUGACGGUGUCAAAGAAUGUGAAUUAUGUCGUUACAAACUGAACGAAACAAGUAGACAAUUAAAACCAAUCUGUUUUAAAGUGAAUGUAGUACUCGGAGGCCUGUUGGGUAAAUGGUUUUGCGCAGAGAGUGAAGCAAGACGAUGCUGGCUUGAAGGGGAUAGAAUGCGGAACGAACGUGGCUUUAUCAACGCUCUUGAAAAAUACAACAACGCUCUUGAAAAAGCCCCUUCUAUGUGUAGGCUGCUGAGCCGACGGGCAGAGCUGCAUAUGGAGAUGAGCAACUUCAGACAGGCCCUACAGGAUGGAGACGCCAUGUGUCGACUGAUGCCCCUCUCUCCCAAGGCUCACUACGUGAAGGCCCUGGCUCUGAACAAAGCCGGUUAUAAUGAAGAGGCUCUGCAAGAAUACCUCUACUGUCUGGCUCUGAAGCCAGACUGGACCUCAGUCAAGCUGGAAACGCAAAAGAUGCUGAGUGAGAUGUUCUCUGUGUUCAAGACGGACGGUCUCCCCACGUCAUCACCCCACCCCCACCAAACAGGCCCCGCUCCCUACCUCAAACCAGCCUCCCUUCUCCUCGGCUCUCUCCAUUCCACCCCUCGUAGAUGGAGCCAAACCCCUAUUGGCCGUAGAGACAGUUUGUCUGACACUGGGGCAGAGACCAAGUCCUCAUGUGAGGACUCCAAGACCCUAGCUUCUGUUGUGGCUGCCUUACCUCUCCCCCCUGGCCUAAAGAGGAAGUUCUCAGACGAGCCCCAAGGCUCUGCACCCUCCAACAAGCUCCCCAGAAAAGUCUUGUGUUCAGAUGAGUCAAGCUCAUCCCAGAUGCCUGCUGCUUGUUGCAGUGAGAGGAGAGAGGUGCCCCCUCAGCUCCUGGAUAGCUCUGACAUGGACUGCUCUGUUUGUAUGAGGCUGUUCUACGAGCCAGUCACCACCCCCUGUGGACACACCUUCUGCAUGAAGUGUCUUGAGCGCUGUCUGGACCACAACCCCAACUGCCCCCUGUGUAAAGAGAACAUUACAGAGUACCUGGCCACUAGAGGGUACCAUAAGACCCUGCUGAUGGAGGAGGUGCUGCAGCGCUACCUGUCUGAGGAGCUGGCUGAGAGGAGCAAGGUGCACCAGGAAGAAAUGGCAGAGCUGUCAAACUUGACCCAGGAAGUGCCCAUCUUCAUCUGCACCAUGGCAUUUCCCACAAUCCCCUGCCCCCUGCAAGUCUUCGAGCCGUGUUAUAGGCUGAUGAUCCGACGCUCUAUGGAGACGGGAACCAAGCAGUUUGGAAUGUGCAUCGCUGACGACAUCAAAGGCUUCGCAGACUACGGCUGCAUGUUGGAGGUGAAAGACGUGAAGUUCCAACCAGACGGGCGCUUGGUGGUCGACACGGUCGGAGUGUCCCGCUUCAGAGUGCUGAGCCACGGCCACCGUGACGGCUACAACACAGCCAAGAUAAAGUACCUGGAGGACCAGAAGGUGGAGGGAGAGGAGCUGGCGGAGCUGCAGAAGCUGCAUGACUGUGUGUACGAGCAGGCCAGCACCUGGUUCACCUCCCUCAAAGACAACAUGAAGAACCAGAUCGUCAGCCACUUUGGACAGCUGCCUGAAAAAGACUGUGACAUACAGGGGAGUGUCAGUGGUCCUGCAUGGUGUUGGUGGCUGCUGGCUGUACUGCCCCUGGAGAAGAGAGCCCAGCUAAGCAUCCUGGCCAUGACCACCCUCCGAGAGCGCCUCAGCACCACCCGCCGGGUGCUCAGCCUCGUCACACGCAAACACUCGCGACCACGGCGACCAUCUUCAUCAGCAGCAGCAUCAUCACUGUAGUGGCCCCCCUGGAGGGGAUCAGUUUAGAAUCAUCUGGGCCCAGUUAGAUAACUUUUGACAAUCUGGAUGUCGCCUAUCAGCUAGGAUUAAAUGCAUACAAAUAUAAUGAAUAGAACAGGAGUCCCCGUUGAAGUCAGUUAUUUUUCUGUUCUAUUAAAUAUAUUUCUAUGCAUUUAAACCUAUCCGAUAGACUAAAUCCAGAUAGAUAAUUUUUGGAAAACUGGGCCCUGGAGAAGAAGGGAGAAACUAAAUUUUCCUCAGAAGCUCUAGCCUCAAAUAGUUCUAACAGUGGGAAUGAUUUACCAGUGUUGUUCAUGAUCUCAGGAAUGGGUUUCUACUUGAGUCUUACAAAAAGGAUCGAUGGACUAGCCCUACCCAACCAAAACACAUAAAUGAGUGUCAUGUUUGCACACAUAUCUUUGGGUCAAUUCCAUUAUGUCCAGGUUUGUCAUGUUUAUGUGUGGUACAUUAGGUUAAUCUUGUUUUAUUGUUGACCUGUGUACAAAUGAGGCCUUAAAUUAUUUUUGCAAUAUGUUUUUUUUCUACUAUUUGUCAUGUGAAAACAAUUUUCAUGUACAGAAAUUUAGCAUUUUUCUAUGGGACAUAAUUAAGAUUAAUGCACACCAUCCCUUACUGGAAUAAUAUGUUCUACUGUAUAUGGGUAGUUAUGGCACGAGGGAACGCUUGAUGCAAGAGAAAAAUUGUAGCACAACAGACAUUGUAGUAGCACCAAAGAUUCACAGGGUGGCAGUCCCUUAAGGGAAUGUUCAUCUUUGGAUGCUGUACAGCAGGGGUGUCAAACUCAUUCUACAGAGGGCCUGUCUCACCACAUUAAAAGCUUCUGUGACACUUAACGUAUCUCACUCACGCAGUCAGAUCUAGGAGAUGCAGUCAGGUGAGUCAUUUGGGAUACUAUGAAGUCAGAACCGGAAAUGACACAUAUUUAUAGACAAUGAGUCACCUCUGUGCUUUGUCAUCACCAUGUUGGAAUGAUCUGGAGUCUCCCCCAAUUGAUUCAUUAGCCAAACCCUCUCGAUAAACACACGCCUUCGUUCUCCCAGACCAGUGGAGGCUGCUGAGGGGAGGACAGCUCAUAAUAAUGGCUGGAAUUGCUUCAAACCAUGUGUUUGAGGUAUUUGAUACCGUUCCAGCCAUUACCACGAGCUCGUCCUCCCCAGUUAAGGUGCCACCAAUCUGUUUCCCAGACACAUUUGCAGAAAUUGCUCACUACAUUUUUGGUAACAAGAAUGUGAAAUUGGCAUUUUAUUGCUUUCAAUUAAUCUUAACUUUUACCUUUUUAAAUGUAUGAUUUUGUUAAAUUGGGCCCAACAUGUGUAUUAUUAAAACCAUUCCACAUUUACCAUAAACUUCAUCCUCAACAGUCAAUUGUCUCCUCAAUUUGAGUGUGUUGGCCACGCAUACUAAUUGGCCAAACCUGAUCUUAAUUGGUUUGUGUCUUGACAGGGGGUCUGUUUGAACAGUGUGAAAAUAAUGCUUUGUGCAGAAGUAGACAUUCCAUAUGCAAUGCGGGAAAGGUUUUUGUUGUUUUAAUAACUCUUCAGCGUGGUCUCUUGAACCAUCUUGUUUUAUAGCCUAAUAAAUAUUUAUUGAAUUCUGA